AUGUCCGCUCCAGUAGCUAACGAUGUCGUUUCUUUCAAGGACCGGGCAACGGCCGAUCAGGCCAAACCCCACAACGAUCUCCUUGUCAUCGAGAUGACGAUCCAGGACAUCGACGUAUCGAGAGUGUUGGUCGACACCGGAUGCACGGCCAAUAUUAUCUACAAAAGCACCCUCGAAAGAAUGGAUAUCGAUCUGUGUGCCGUUACGGACAGACCCAGCCCGAUAUUCGGACUCUCAGGAAAAGCUACUAUGAGUCUCGGCUCGAUCGACCUCGUUGUUAAAGCCGGGAGCAUCACCAAAAUCACGGAAUUCUUAGUCAUCGACCGCCCAACAUCGUACAACGCGAUCGUCGGUACUCCAUGGCUGAAUUCCAUGCGGGCGAUCCCUUCGAUAUUCCAUCUGUGCCUUAAGUUUCCAACCCCUUGUGUAGUCGAAACUAUACAAGGAAACCGUAGGAUGUCGCAAGUAUGUUUCGCCGCCAAGUUAAAAAGAAAAAACUUGGGGAUCGAAACUUCCCAUAAAAAGAAAAGAAAGCUGACUCUCGAUGAGAACGCCCCGGAACGAGACUCGGAAGUCUUCUGGCAAUCUCAAAGGGCCGAAGCCCUAGAAUGGAAGCGCGAACCGACUUGCGAACCGGUAAAUUCGAUCUGCCUCGACGAAUCCUCUCCGGAACGAUGCGUCGAGAUUGGAGCUAACCUCCGCUAG